AUGUUCUCCCCCCCCCCCCCCCCCCCCCCCAAAUCAGCCUGUGAAGGAACCGGUGCCGGCAGCCAUUACCAAACAGUGGAUUCCAGCAACAUUGACAGCUUUGUGAACUGCACCAAGAUCCUGGGCAACCUGGACUUCCUCAUCACCGGCCUGGAGGGGGACCCCUGGCGCAACAUCUCAGCGCUGGACCCUGAGAAGCUGAAUGUGUUCCGCACAGUGAGGGAGAUCACAGGGUACCUCAACAUCCAGUCGUGGCCGAAGCACAUGCACAACUUCAGUGUCUUCUCCAACCUGGAAACCAUUGGGGGACGGAGCCUUUACAAGUGAGACCCCUCCCCCCCUUUC